AUGAGUCGGAAGGAGUUGAGACUUGCUAAUCUGAUUCCGAAUGUGAAGGGUAUGGAUAUUGCGGCGAAACAUGAUGUUAAGGAGGUUGCUGUUUUUAUCAGUGCUACUGAGGGGUUCAGCAAGACCAAUAUCAGCUGCUCUAUUCAGCAGGGUCUAAAGAGGGCAAAGAAAGCUGCUUCUUUGGCUUUGAAAUCCAAUAUUACUGUUCAAGGUUAUGUCUCUUGCAUAUUCGCAGACACCUACGAUGGACCCGCACAGCCAUCAUUAGUUCUCCCUUGUGUGAAAGAACCCCCCGAUGCGGGCUGCUAUAAAGUCAGCCUAGGUGACACACUAGGUGUCGGCUCUCAAUCAAAUGUCCGCAGCCUGAUAAAAUUCCUUCUGUUCAACGGCAUUCCCCGCGAGAAACUUGCAGGUUACUUCCACGACACAUACGACCAGGCGGUAGCUAAAGUCUGGGAAAUCAUACGACUGCGGGCUACAAGUCUUUGA